GGUUUUCCAGACACCCUUGUGCAUCAAAAGAACCAAUGAAUCUACUCUGGUCAAGAAUUCAUAGGGAUGACCCAAGUGAUCUUGGAUAAGAACGUACGAGGAUUUGGAAUCGCAAAGUCCUAACCAGGCUUUUUCACGUUCUUGAGAAGCGAAACCCUGGGAACCAACUUGUGACACACCUUGCGUCGCUUGUACCCAGACCAUCGUCCUAGACCUGAGUUCGCGUCCGUUCCUGGUUGUUGGAAACUUCAACUUGGUAGCUUUCCGCAACUCGAAGCUUAGUGGAAAGGUUUCAAUGGCAAUUUUACCCGAAAAAUAUGCAUGUCUUUUCAUUGAUGCAACAUGGAAAGACAUUCUAACUGCCUUCAGGUAUUCAACUACCCAUAACACUUCUCAAGAACGGAAACGACUUCAAAGCAAACUUGAGACAUUGUUUGGUGGAUCUGAACAAUGGCUAGCUACUUUUUCCAUAAGGACUGCUUUGGAUGUCUUCCUAACUGUCAUGGACUUUCCUGUUGGCUCAGAAGUAAUUUUCACAGCAAUUAAUAUUCCAGACAUGGUGUCUGUGGUUGAGAGUCAUGGACUAAAGGUUGUCCCAGUUGAUCUGGAUCUCGACACACUGGCACCCAAACCUGAACUUGUUGAACUUGCCGUGACGGACAAAACUGUUGCUAUUGUGGCAGCCCACUUGUACGGCAAAUGGAUUAAUUUGGACAAAGUGUUCCAGGUGGCACAUUCGCAUGGGCUUUAUGUAUUAGAAGAUUGUGCUGAGUCAUUUCAAGGUUUGAAAAGGAAAGGCCACAAACUCUCAGACCUGACAUUUUUCAGUUUUGGAUCAAUUAAGUACUAUACAUCUUUGGGUGGGGCAAUGGUUCGAGUUAAAAACCCUGAAAUUUUAAAGAAAAUGAGAGCCAAGUUGGAAGAGUUUCCUGUUCAGAGUCAAUGGACCUACUUCAGAAAGCUAACUUGUUACUCUUUGCUCAUGAUGGCUGGAUUUAAUAAUUCUCUGUUGAACUGGCUGUUUAUAAAUUCUUUUCAUCUCUUGGGAUUCAGAUAUAAAGAGUAUUUCAUUUCUCUCCUGCGUGCAUUUCCUGGUGGUGUAACCAUCAAUAAACUUCAGUAUCAACCAUGUGCCAUGCUGCUGAAGUUCAUGCUGUACCGGCUGAGAAGAGUGAGCACCAAAGACUUUCGCACCAUCAAGUUGAAAGGAGAUUUUGUAAGCAGCAAUCUUCCAAGCAAUGUGUUUGUUCCUGGCAAAAAAGCAGACAUCAAGAGUUAUUGGUUGUUUCCAUUGGUUGUGGACAAUCCAGAUGAAGUUGUAAAAGCACUGGAAAAAGAAGGUGUAGAGGCAUACAAAGGAGCAACACAACUUUCCACUGUUUUUAGAACAAAGCAGAGUGAGGCAGAUCAAGCAGAUGGAUCCAAGACAAGGCAAGAAAUCAAGGCGGGGAAACCUAUUUAUUCUAGUUUGUUGUCUCAAACAGAAGUUGGUGCUGCUGUGGGAAUGUCCUCCUCAGCUGGCAGUACAGCAAGCAAAACAGCACCCACAUCAAGAAAUGUACCAAAUGAAAUGCCAACAUCUGCAGAGUUUGUGUGCUCUCCACCCGUCAGCACAACUGGUACAAACAAUGCCUUUAGCAAGGAGAAAGAUGACAUUCUGUUUCCGCACAAUUCAAAAUACUUGAUAGAUCAUGUGUUGUAUCUUCCUGUGCACAAGCGAGUUUCAUUCUGGUAUCUGGAACACAUCUGUAAUGCAGUUGAGAAAGUCAUGAAGAACAGAAUGGGAGUGAAAAUUACAGACACCAGGAAUGUACUGUUUCAGUCCAAGUUGUAGAUUUUAACACUUUAUAUUCUUAAAACGGUUAGAUCAAAAUAUUCUUAGUUAGAUUAAUCUUUAUCGUGCUAUUUCUGAAGAAAAGCAAAACAAAAUGGUGACACAAAUCCACACAAGCAAGUAUAAUACAGUGGAACCCUGUUAGUACGACCACCUUUGGGCCAUGAAAAAUUGGUCGCAUUAACGGGGUGGUCGUAUUAAAGGGGUUCUUUAAAUAAGAAAAUGACUGACUGAACUUUUUUUUGGGCCAGAAUAAAGUGGCCGUAAUAACGAGGUGGUCGUAUCAACGGGGUGGUCGUAAGGUGGGGUCCACUGUAAUUAUGAUCUGUACACAAAAAGCAUGAACAGUUUCAUUACUGGUAGGGUUUGCAGCUUGUUCAUCUCGCAUCAGAAUCAAAGAAUUUUAAUGCUCACAGACUUUCAAUUUUUUAAUUUCACAUAUGAAGUUUAUAUAUUCUGAUGGUAUUUAUUGUGAUGUUAUCUAUUCCAAUAGUAAAAACUCUCUUUAUUUAGUACAUAUAGUUUUCUGGUUGUGUGAAGAAAAUUAUUUUAAUGCCAAAAGGUCAGUAAGUAUUUUGGACAGUAUUUGCAUUUUCAGUCAGAAUAAUGUAUUUAUUGUACAGUGAGAAUGAGGAUGUAUCUUACACAGAAAUAUUUGUUUAAAUAUCAUGGAACAGAGACAAAGUGACUGGCAAAGGCGAAUCUUUGCUGAGUUCAUUGUUUCCAUCUGGCACAUUGGCCACAGGUACAAUCAAAAUUUUAUACUAACAAGGCAAUUGUUGUGAACAAAGGUUCUCCUAUAUCAUUGUUAAUUAUGAAACAGUUGAAGUCAGGAACCUUUAAUUUUAUAGUACCUCUUUGCUUUUAGUGGCUCACGUAGAUGUAAUUUUAAUUACCAAUGAGACAAUUAGCAUAUGAAAGAAAAAACUGAACUUUUAAUUAACUUAGUGUUAAAAUAAUUAAUUGUCAAUGGACUGUAGUUUACUCUUUCUUCUUGUUACAAGGCCAAGCUUGUCUAAUAAUUUGUUUUAUCAAUCAGUUUUAUUAUGAGCCUUUGUGGAUGAGACUUUUCGUGUUCUUGUGCCUUUUACAAUAAUAAUGAGCGGUAGCUGUGAGAGGAAUUCAUCUGUUAUCACUGCUCUUACUGUAGAGUGUUUUCACAACAUCAUGGCAGCCAUGUUGAUGUCCCAUACCAAUCCUAUUGGAGUUGACCUAUUUACAUAAGUUAACACUUUCUUUUAUUUUAGUAAAUUUGAAAGGCUGCUGGCUAUGUGACAUUCUUGUCCCCAGAGGCUGCUUUUGGUCAGCAUCAAGAAUCGUGACUGCUAUCAUCAGUCAAUGCAACAUUAGACCAUAAGCUUGCGUCACUCAGGGUCAAUCAAUCGUAUACCAGCUAUUAAAAGUCAUUUAAGUUUAAAUUUCAACUUUGUUUUGCAUUUCCUUUCACAUACAUAGUAGGCCUAUUUAUUAUGUUUUAGUCACAUAUGGUGUAAAUGUGUGACGAAAUUGAAAUAAUCCUAAUGAGGUUUUUCCUAAUCAAGACGAUGUUGAUCUUUUAAAA